GAUCUCCGAUCUCCGCACCGGAACUCCACCUCCUGCCCCCACCAGCGCCGGCCGGCGAGGCCCCCCUCCCUUCGCCGCCUCCCCCCCGCUCGCCGUCGACCGUGGUGGUCUGGGAUCCGGCGCCAUGGGGUUCCUCGAGGACUUCCAGGCCAGUGUUGAAACAUUGCCGGCUAUGCUGCACAAGAACUAUUCGUUGAUGCGGGAGCUUGAUAGAAGCUUGCAAGGUGUGCAACUGGAAAAUGAGCAGCGCUGUCAACAAGAAAUAGAGGACAUUAAGCAUGGACUUGAAUCUGGAAGUAUUACAUUUGAGCCAGCAAAACUUAAAUUUUCUGAUGAAGCUGUUGAGGAGCAGAAGCAUUGCGUUAGAAUUGCUGAUGAGAAGGUGGCUUUAGCCACACAAACUUAUGACCUGGUUGACGCUCAUAUCCAACAGCUCGACCAGUACAUGAGGAAGCUUGAGGAAUAUCGGCAAGAAAAGGAGGCAGCAGCUGCAGCCGCGGCUGUGGCAGAUACAGUUGUAGCAGCUACUUCAGCUACUCCUGCUAGUGCCGGUACCUCAAGGUUCGCAGCUGCCGACCCAGCUCCAAAAAGUGGAAGAGCUGGCGAAAGAGGCAGAGGAGGGCGAAAGAAGGCCAAAGUACCCACGGAGCCACCACCUAUAGAUUUAGAGUUGCCCGUCGAUCCUAAUGAGCCGACAUACUGCUUCUGCAACCAAGUCAGCUAUGGCGAGAUGGUCGCGUGCGACAACCCUGAGUGCAAGAUCGAGUGGUUCCACUUUGGGUGCGUAGGCGUGAAGGAGCAGCCCAAGGGGAAGUGGUACUGCGGGAGCUGCAUCUCGUACCAAAAGAAGCGGAAAGGCAAGUGAGAUACAUGUAUGGUCUUGGUGCUAGGAGGUGGUAAGCGCAUGGUUGCUCGUGGUGAUCGUUGGAUACCAUUGUGCCGAGCGAAGAACAUGUUGCUGUUGGCCUGUGGUUUGGUUGGGAAGCAAACUGAUGUAGCAAGAGUGAUCAUGUACAUGCUGUAACAUUACUGAGGAGUACCCAUGCGGUAGAUAUGUGGCCCCUGUUUGGGACUUUGGGGAUUUCUCUGUUGGUGAAGGGAAAUGAACUGAUCACUGAGAUCUCUGCA